AUGCUCCGACAAAUUUCUAAGGCAGCUAUUCGCGUCCCUCAGUGUCGUUCUAGGUCGUUGGCCUCGACUGUGCUACUUCCAAAGUCUCCUGAGAAAUGGCAAGAAUACACAGUAGCGCAGCUGAGAACUGAGGCCAAGCAACGGGGUUUGGCGACCGGCGGUAGCAAGUCCAAGCUCGUGCAAAGACUUGCUUCCCAUAACCAAACCAACGAGCGACCAUCAACCUCUGUCGAAAGCCCAUCAACCGCGCAUAUUUCUGCAAGGCAGCGCUGGAUCUCUACUGGCAGCUACUCCCAGGCCGAGCCUUCUGGCGACAAGUUUAAGGCGCGGUUCUCCCGUAACCUCGAUGUCAAGAUCCCGACAACCCCUGAGCCGAUUGACGAAGGACCAGUUAUUCCUUUUCUUGCUCAAAAAUUCGAUUCCCCACCAUCCGAAUCCGCUUCACCUCCACAAGAACCCCCUAGUGACGCCCCAAAAGUAGUGACUGUCGCGUCUGCUGCUACACACGUUGGUGGUGGUCCAUCCCAUGCGAUCCACGAGGCAACAGAUGCUCACUCUCUUGAAUCCGAGGCAGGGAGCCAACCGAUGGGAAUCAAGGGAUUACUAGAGGAGUUUGGGCUCUCGUUGAACUUCAAUUUUAAGGAUACGGCCAACGAUACUGCCAGCGAGUUUUUGAAGCCUGUUGCAUCAGGCAUUUCGAUUCCAAACCUAGGGAAAGAUGAAACUAAUAUCAAGGACGCCCAGAGGGAGCUCAAUCAAGAGGAGAAACAGGGCUUCCAGGCGGUCGUUGACCGGCUACUCCCGCUCGUCAUACCUGUCAUCUCUUCAUGGACGAAUUCUGGGAAACUGGUGAGUGUGGAUGAAGCCAAUGCUACCGCUGCGGCUGCUUCCAAAGGAAAGAAAGCCGGAAAUGCACUUGGAGAAGCCCGUGCUCAUUAUUUCCAGGAGUACUGUAGGCGGAAAACACACUUCGAGACUUACGAUGAUCCAGGGCUGAAAGAGAUUGGGACUAUGACUCGUUUAAAGGAGUCGUUGACCAUACCUUCACAAUAUCGACCAAUACUCAUGAUAAGGGGAAAUACAGUCGUAGUGGGCAAAACCACCGAUGGUAGCCAUGUUACAAUAUCAAUUGGGUCCGGAAUAGGGCCUUCAAAGGUGGUGGCUCGUGAGCUGGCUGCCGAAGCAGCAGUCAAGAAUUGGCAUACAGUUGAAUCAUACAUGGAGGCAUGGGGAAUGACCAAGACUGUUGAGCAAGUCGAAGAACCCAAGCCUUUGCGAGAACGGAAGAGGAGGAGAGGAGGAGCGCCAAAGGCCGGGGCUGUAUUACAUAAUUAA